AUGGACAGUUGGGUGGCAAAGUCUGCGCUGCACACCUGCAAAGACACACUGUUCCAGAUGGCGCACCUUGAGAAGAAGAAGAGCGAGUGGGGUUCCAAGCUUCGCAUGCUUGCUGCCACUACCACUUUCACAACGAAGGCUCGCAAGGACGACCCGCAUAGCUCUGCCAGCAACACCACCGGCUUGGAUUCGCAGACACCUGCCGACUUGGCGAGCUCUUUCGCCUCAAGGCCACCAUCGCCAAGGAGCUUGGCAAAGAAGGAUGGUGCUGUCAUCGGCUCGCAGACGAUGGCACGUGCUAGCGACAACAGGCCAUAUCAAGACCAAGUUGAUUAUCCGGAGUUCCGGGAUGCGAUCAUGAGCGAGCCUCCUUUGGUGCAGUGGCUGAAAAACGCCGUGAUCCGCCAACUGAAGCGCGGCAACAACAUGCAGGCAGUGCGGCAACGCAACGCUGAAUACAUCGGAGUCAAGGUGGCGAUGGCCAUACUGUUUAUCAUUGCUAUCCUGAGCUACGUGGAGCCGCUGAUGGAGGACACCUCCCUCAACUAUGGCUUCAUUUCGAUGAACUCCUUCGUUGGCCUCACUACCGGCCUCUCGAAAUGA